UUUGCUCUAGCAGCUUUUCAUUCUGCUUCAACACAAUACUUCACUUGCUAGUGUUCCUACUAUUAGCACUGAUGAAGUUGCUCUUCUUGCUCUGAAAUCACACAUUUCUUCUCCUCAUAACAUCUUGCAAAGCAACUGGUCCUCUUCCAGCCCAAUAUGCAGCUGGAUCGGAAUCACUUGCAGCUUCCGCCACCACCGAGUCACUGCUUUAAACAUUUCUAGCAUGCAACUUCAUGGUACCAUUCCUCCACACCUUGGAAACCUCUCAUUUCUCGUCUCCCUCGACAUCAGUAACAACACUUUCCAUGGAGAUUUCCCAGAAGAGUUGGCUCAUUUGCAGAGGUUGAAAUUGAUUAAUGUCACAAGCAAUAACUUCACUGGUUCCAUUCCAUCAUUUUUAAGUUUCUUACCUAACCUUCAAUACAUGUAUCUUUCGAUGAAUCAAUUUUGGGGGGAAAUUCCAUCUUCCCUUUCCAAUCUAACAAAGCUGGAAGUGUUGAGAAUAAAUAAAAAAAUUCUCAAAGGAGAGAUCCAUUGGGAAAUCGGUGAUCUUCGUUACUUUACUGUCCUAGACCUGCAAUUCAAUCAACUUACUGGCUCUAUACCAACAUCAAUCUUCAACAUUACAACGAUGCGAAUCAUUGCUCUUUCCUAUAACAAUCUUACCGGUAAGCUUCCAGCAACUAUAUGCGACCAUCUUCCAAACUUGGAAGGGCUUUACCUCUCAGGCAACUCCCUAGAUGGAGUUAUUCCACCAAACCUGGAGAAAUGCAGAAAGCUUCAAGUCUUGGCAUUGUCUGAAAAUGAGUUUAUUGGAACUGUACCAAGAGAGCUAGCCAACUUAACAGCUCUUACAAUAUUAGAUGUGACAACUCUGCAUCUGGAAGGAGAGAUACCAAUGGAGCUAGGUAAUCUUAAGAAACUAAAAAGACUGUCAUUAUCCCAGAAUGGGUUUGCUGGUUCUAUACCUGCAAGCAUUUUCAACGUGUCAACACUGCAGGUCCUAGAACUUCAUUUCAACAAACUUAGAAGACUUGAGCUCGGACACAACAGCUUCACUGGUCCAAUUCCUGAGUCACUUGGUAACUUACAAUACCUUGAGCAUCUAAACUUGGAGGGGAAUAAUUUCUUCGGAGAUUCAGUAUUGAGCUUUCUUGCAUCAUUGACAAACUGUAGGAAUCUAAGAGCACUCUGCUUUUCUGAAAAUCCAUUGAAUGGUGUUUUGCCUGCAUCUAUUGGUAAUUUCUCCACCUCUCUUCAAAGUUUUGACGUAUUGAACUGUAAACUAAAGGGCCUCAUUCCUCCAGAAAUCGGCAAUCUUACUAGAGUGAUAGAGAUGGAUCUGUUUAACAAUGAAUUGAGUGGACAUAUUCCAAAUACUGUCCAAGGCAUGUUGAACCUUCAAGAAUUUUACCUACAAAGCAACAAGAUUGAAGGAACCAUACCAGAUGAUAUCUGCAAUUUGAAGAAUCUAGGUGCAUUGUACUUGUCAGGAAAUCAUUUUUCUGGUUCGGUGCCCUCAUGCUUAGGGAAUGUUACCAACCUGAGGUAUCUUAAUCUAGAUUACAACAGGUUGAUUUCAAGCUUACCUGCAAGCUUGGGGAGCCUUCAAGACCUUCUAGAAUUCAAUGUUUCAUCCAAUUUAUUAAGUGGUCAUAUUCCUCUGGAGUUUGGAAAUUUAAAGGUUGCGAUACUCAUUGAUUUGUCAAAAAAUGAUAUUUCUGGUAAGAUUCCUAGCACUCUAGGGGGUCUAGAUAGAUUGAGUAAACUUUCUCUAGCACAUAAUAGAUUAGAUAGGCCUAUUCCAGAUUCUUUGGCAAGAUGUUGGCAUUGGAUUUCUUGA